GAAAUGCUUUCUUUGAAUAAUUCUAUCAACAUCACCUUGCUUUCGCAAAGACAAUCCAAAUCCAGUACAUUUGUCGCGUAACUGGAUAUUAGCGAUCUUCCAGAGUUUGGAUCCCUAAAAUUGGUCUGUCGAUGGUUGAUUGUAGGUAGUACAGUUGGUGUUGUGUGUGGGAUCAAUUUAUCCCUGAGUCGUUGGAAGAUAGACAGGACAGAAAAUAGGAAAAUAGAGAGGGCAGGAACAAUGGGCAAUUGUUCUUCUUGUCUUGGGCUGGAACGUAAUCGGGAUUCGUCGGACGAGGGUGAAGACCAAAGGCUAUUAUUCGAAAACGAUGCACAUUCUCAUCAAUACGGCAGUUUCGGGAACCAAGAUUCAAAUGCCAUUCAAGCAGAUCCACAAGAAGUGCAAAGGGAGACAGAGGCCUUGCAAAGGGUCGUAGCGCAAACGUCCAAUCAUCUCGUCGAUAUCUUCGCCAUGGUCCCCCAGAAUGUCCCUCGAGCACCCGUUACUAUGUAUAAUGGUCAAGACGCAAGACUAUUGCGGUAUCAGGAAGUUCUAGCCAAGAUGCCAUCACAGGACGGAUCGAGCAAUACAAAACAAACCCCCGUCGAAAGUACCCACCCAAUUUCCGAUGGUUGGGCAUCGGACGAUGAAGAUGUGGAGGAAAUGAAGAAGUACAAGCCGGUCAAAUCAGAAGACGUAGGACCAUUAUUAGGAGGGUUUGCAGAUGCAGAGUCGGCCAUGGAGUAGAACAUGGAUUCGAACUUAUACGGGCAUCUUUGUGUUCCACGGCGUAUUGGAGUUGGGAAGGUCGUUACAAUAUCCUCAUACCACGGCCCAUCAUGCUGCCGCAAUUUCCCAGGAGGAGUAUCGGGAAUCGACUUCUGACUGGACCAGCUAAGCGUAAUUUGACUAUGCGUUGUAUCAUUCAAGCAUUUCCUUUGUCAAAAGCGCCUGCCUACUGGUUACUUGAUCAUGAAUCAGAGCCUAUCACGUCUCUCUCUCAUGCCCUCUGCAGUCAGGCU